UUGACCCUCCAAGUCCCUCUCCUAAACAUUUGAGUUUCAGACAUUUGUGCUGACUGGGUAAACCGGCAAGAACUUGAACGGACGUGAGAAGAAAACAUUGGUACAAUGAAGUCUUUAUUCGGGAGUCUCGUCUACUGCCUUUUCCUCUUUGUGUCUGAUGUAUACGGAACGCACCGUUUGAAUGGAUUCGAUCCACAGCAGGUUACUGCUCAAAGUUAUGCACAACGUAGAAAUAUUGCCCGGCCACCGCUGCGGACCCUCGCUCCUUCAGUUCACGCCAGUGCAUACAGGCAUAGAGGCUAUCACUACCACCACCAGCCACCAGGGAUCCACCUGCCCGUGGUUUACCAACAACCUGGCCCUCUAUCUCCACCCGUGGCUUACCCCAGAUCCUCUGUCCCCUUACCACCUUACCAACACAGAGCGCCACCGUCGGUGUACAACCUAUACCAAGACCUUUCACCUCCAGUAGUUCACCACCACCCGUUUAAAGUUUUUUUUCCACCAGUGAGCCACCACCACAAAUUCAUAGGUAAAUGUCCACACAUUUUACCUCUGGUACAGCCUAAACCUACUACAGUGCCAACGACCCCUGUGGUGUACCUACCCACCACAGUUCCAACUCUACCAUCAGUGACUACACUGCAACCGGUGAUGACCACCUUGCCACUGGAGUUGACCACCACCCCCGUGCCGCCAACACUACCUGUCAGUACCCAAAGCGGCGUCGUCAUCACCACCACCAGUGUGGAGACAGCGACAGACAAUUCCUGCAGGAGCCGUCCCCUGGACCUGGUCUUCAUCAUCGACAGCUCCCGCAGUGUGCGCCCUGGCGAGUUUGAGAAGGUCAAGAUCUUCCUGGCCGACAUGGUCGACACCUUGGACGUGGGACCAGAAGCCACCCGUGUGGCCGUGGUCAACUAUGCCAGCACGGUCAAGAUCGAGUUCCUGCUCAAGGCUCACCUGAACAAGCCCAACAUGAAGCAGGCUAUCACCCGCAUCGAGCCCCUCGCCGCCGGCACCAUGACUGGCCUGGCCAUCAAGUCGGCCAUGACCGAGGCCUUCACCGAAGAGUCAGGCGCCCGGCCAAAGUCAAAGAACAUCGCCAAGGUGGCCAUCAUCGUGACAGAUGGGCGUCCUCAGGACCAGGUGGAGGAGGUGUCAGCGGCUGCCCGGGGGUCCGGCAUCGAGAUCUACGCGGUGGGGGUGGACCGAGCCGACAUGACCUCUUUGCGGCUGAUGGCCAGCAACCCUCUGGAAGACCACGUGUUCUACGUGGAGACCUACGGCGUCAUCGAGAAGCUCACCUCCAAAUUCAGGGAGACCCUGUGUGGUUGGGACCCCUGUGACAUGGGACACGACUGUGAGGACAUGUGUGUUAGCAGCAGCAGCAACAACUCCUAUCACUGCGAGUGUCGGGAAGGGUAUCUCUUGAACACGGACAAGAAAACAUGUUCCCAGAGUCAGACACGUGUGGACCCCUGUGCCAUGGGACACGACUGUGAGCACAUAUGUGUCAGCAGCAACGCGUCCCAUCACUGCAAGUGUCGGAAGGGCUAUAUCUUGAACCUGGACCAGAAAACGUGUACUCUGAAACAGAUUAAGGCGGUGGUGGUGGUGGAGGACCCUUGUAAGUGUGAAGCCAGACUGGCUUUCCAGAUGCAGACACAGGCCGCCCUCCAGGAGAUCACUGCCAGACUAGCUGACAUGACAGGAAGGGUGGAACAGAUUGAGAACAUUUUGGGACCUGUCUAAGUUGAGGAAGAAACGCAGGGUCAGCCAACCUCCGAUGGCCCCGCCGUCAGUCACGGACCACUGCAACACAGGCAUGUACUACUACUGCUGUCCUCCAUCACAUCGGCGGAUAUCGACAACAACAGACAGUGGAACUUUGGAUAAACAACACUGCAACAGCUAGAAGGAAAUGAUGUCAGUCCAUGGUUCUUUAAACAAGCUAUUGGUCUUAGGUCAGGACUGUAUCAGGGAAUUAUGGGAGCUAAUGGUGUCAGUCUGUCCAUAUAUGAGCAUCAGGUUCCCACGAAACGUUACAGUAUAUAACGGUAUACACCUUAUAGAAAUGUGCUAAAUACAUCUAUUGUAUUAAUUCAUUUUCAUCAACUCUGCUUGAGCUAACACAUUAGAAAUUAGUUUUUGGAAGUUUCUUCGAAGUAUAUUGAGAAAAAUUGAAAUCAUGUUCAGUAGGGACCAGUCAGUGAGGGCAGUGCUUUUAAGAUUUUGUUUUAUUUUAACAGAUUUUAGAAAUGUUAUACUAUAUGAUCAUUUCCAAUCUAGUAGAAAUAUGUCAUUUGUUUUUUGUGCCCGCCAUAUAAGGUAUUUUUGUUAGGUUGUGUCAGUGCAAAAUGUUGAACGCUAUAAUGUGAGGAAAAUGUACACCCCCACGUGUGCUGUGUACGUCAGAAUAAAAAAACGAAUGUACUGAAUAUGUGACAAUCAAGACCAGGAGAGGAAGUUAUUUUGCACAGUACCUUUAUCCAUUGAACUACUUGAUGAAUAUUAAAUGGGAAGUUCAGUAUUUUACAAGUUGUUAGAUUGUUUCUCCCUCUGAAAGUAGUCUAGACCAGAAGAAACAGUACUCCAUGGUUCAGUUUCCUUAACAGCCUCUAAAAACCUAAUGAGAGGUCGACGGAAAAUGGCAAGAAAUGUGCAAGUUAACAGGCGGGACACAAACAGACAAAUAACAGCACAAUACAACAGUGGUGUGCAGAACGGCAUCUCGGAAUGAACAACUGGUCGGUCCUUGUCACGGAUGGUCUAUUGGUCGACCACACCAGGUUCCACUCAUAUCAGCUAAAAGCAAAAAGAAGUGGCGCCAGUGGGCACGCGAUCACCAACACUGGACAAUUUGAGGGGUGGAAAAAUAUUGCCUGGUUUGAUGAAUCCCGGUUCCUCUUGCCUCACGUUAAGUUAGGAUUUGGUGUAUGCAGCAGGAGUCCAUGGCCCCUUCGUGCCUGGUGUCAAUGGAAUAGGCUGGUUGCAAUGGUGUAAUGGUGUGGGGAAUGUUUUCCUGGCACACGUUAGGUCCCUUAAUCACAAUUGAACAAAGUUUGAACGCCACACCUUGUAGAAUCCAUGCCCAAAGAAUUCAGGCUGUUCUGGAGGCAAAGGGGGGUCCGACCCGGUACUAGAUGGGUGUACCUAAUAAAUUGGCAACUGAGUGUUUGUGUGUAAAUAUAUAUAUGACACCAACAUCUCAGAUUCAAAACAAAGAGUCACACGUGUUUUUAGCAGCACACCAAGUUUGACCCCGCACUCUGACUAGUGACUAUCUGGUGGUAGCAAGUGCAUUACUUAUGUACAUACCGGUAUUCACAUUUUCGAUACAUACUGCUAUAAUUCUGUACACUACAUGUAGAUACAAAAGAAGCUCUAUGUGGUAUUUGUUAUAUAAACCUGAGCUCCCUACGCUUAGGUGUCAGUAUAGGAAAGCAAAUAUUUAAGUCCCGCAACGAUAUUUAUGUUAACACUGUGUUAAAAUGUACUCUGGCUGUAUGGUCGCAGUGAGACCUUUCAGAAACGUAUAGCAUUGGAAGAAGGGGAACGAUCCUUCCAUUCAUGGAUCCAGCAAUGCAGGAGUUUUGAAAGAGUUUACAAUAUUCUGUUCCUGCUGAAUCUCAGUGAGAUGCAACUUUACUAUAACCUACAAUAAAAAUAACCAUAUUUUU